AUGCCGGGUGUCCCAACAGGCCGGGCCUGUGACGCGUGUCGAAAACAGAAGAAAAAGGUACGUGCGACAGAAUCGAGGCAUAGGAUACUUUUCCUAAUAAUAUGUCAAGUGCGACGAAAAACAACCUGCAUGUGGACGAUGUAUUCGUUUGAAAGUGACCUGCGUGGGGUCCGGUCAGCAAAGAUUCAAGUUCAAACAGGAACAAUUUUCCACCAAGUCAAAACAGAGUGGUCAAAUGAGUGUCAUAUCGAGACCACAAUCAACAGAAAAGAAAAAUCAUUCUUUUGGGACCCCCGGGCAUGCCCUAGCAAUGGAAUCACAUCGUUGACUAGUUCGUUUGUCGGCGCAAUAAAACGAUCCACUGACCUCAGAUACAAUAUGUGGUGGUCUUUCGGCAUUUACCUGGAAGAGAUACCCCGACGACUUGGUAGCAACCAAGCACUUGACAGUGCAGUUGACGCUGUGACUACUAUCCACGCAGGGUUCUGCACCCGCCAACCAGCUUCAUUUGAAGCACUCGCCAAGUAUUCCUCUGCGCUCAAAACCCUAAGAGAUCAUCUAGAUAACCCGCUCCAGGCGAGUGCUUCCAGCACACUGUGUGCCGUGAUGCUGCUUCUGGUCUGUCAAACAUUCAUAGGAAAUAACGGGCAAAUGGUAUCAGGACAUGCACAAGGGGCCGCUAGCAUUCUAAAAGCGCGGAAGAACUUUGGCCCACGCGAUGACUUUGAGCGUAAAUUGUUCCUCUCUUUACGCGGAAGUGUGUUAUUCGAAGGAUUAUACAACGAUUCCAUUGACCUAAGUCCCGAGGAGUGGGAUGCCUUAGUCACGAAUGACUUUGAUCAAAACCAACCCGAAGGCCAGAUUUUACGAUGUCUAGCAGAAGCCCCGGUCCUGAUCAAACGCGGUAAACGAGCUAUACGCAACGGCGAAGAUUUAACACCCUUGAAAAACGAAGUCCGACCAAUAUACGAAAAAUGCAAAUUGAUACUAGCAGAAUUGAAAGAACGAACAGUCGAAGAUAAAACACUGGAGCUCAUUCCUAGGACAGAAACAUUCAUGACUAGGAUCCUGCGAGCGCAUUAUCUCCGCACCUACGGAAUUGGCAUUGCAAUCACAACAUUUUUCAAUUGCAUCCUUCAAGCCCUGGACCCCAGUGACAACGCCUACAUAUUAGAAUCGAGAUCUCUGGUUAUGGAGACCCUCGUACAUGCGCAGAAAUCCAAUAUACAUAGACCUGUUGGGGCAGGAUAUGUAAUAAUGUGUCUGUCGGCAGCAUGGGUCGUCAAUUCAGACCCUCACCUGCGCUCAAUGGUGGAAGCCGCCUUGAUUGACUAUUUUGGUGACUUUGUGCCUCAUCAUGGUUUGAAUAUAUCCCGAGAGCUGGGACAGAUGAACGAGAACUUAUGUCUCGGGUCAAAUGCACAGGUCAAUGCACUCUUCAGCCCUUGA